AAUUCAAGUUUGGUAAAAUCACAACGACGACCAAGCUUUCCCUUAAGAAAUUUAAUUAAUUGAAAUAUUCUUUUAAUAAAUUUAUAAGCAAUGUUUGUUUGUUGCAGAUAAUGGCUAGUUUGAGAUUUUUCUGCACCACAAAUAUCUCAGCUGUCUCAACUCAACAUAAAGUCAAAAACAAUAACAAGUGUGUUCUUCAUCAGAAAGUCAAGAACCUCAUCAACAACACUUUGGAACUUCCUUCCAUUUCAUCAUCAUCGACUACUCCAAUUGAGUCUCUCCAUAAAGGCAAUUGGGUCAAGCUCAUUUGUGGUGCAAGCUUUGAAGAUGUUGUUGAUAUCAGAAAUCUCAGUUUGGUUUACACUCUUGCUGGAGUUGACUGCAUUGACUGCGCUGCUGAUGCAUCGGUUGUUAGUGCUGUGAAUGAAGGAAUUCAAGCUGCAAAAGACAUCUUAUGCUGCCAUAGAAGACCAUGGGUGAUGAUCAGUGUUAAUGAUGAUAAAGAUCUUCAUUUUCGCAAAGCCGAAUUUGAUCCGGAGGACUGUCCAGCCGACUGUUCACGCCCUUGUGAAAAUGUGUGUCCUGCAAAUGCAAUCUCAUUCCAAGAGAAAUCUACUUUAGGAAUUUCAUAUAAUACCGAAGCAUCAAGAGUAAUGAAGGACGGUGUCAUAACGGAACGCUGUUAUGGCUGUGGUCGAUGUCUUCCAGUUUGCCCAUAUGAUAAAAUAAGAGAGGUAACGUAUGUUAGGGAUGCUAUUACAACUUCUGAUUUGAUCAAGAGAAAUGAUGUUGAUGCUAUAGAGAUACAUACAAGUGGAAGACAGAGUAGACAGUUCGAAGAACUCUGGCGUGCUUUAGGAGAUUCGGUACAAAAUUUGAAGCUAGUAGCCGUUAGUUUACCUAAUGUUGGAGAUUCGACAAUAUCAUCUAUGAACAAAAUGUUCUCGAUUAUGAAACCAAAUCUUAAAAGCUUCAACUUAUGGCAGUUAGACGGCCGUCCAAUGAGUGGCGAUAUUGGUAGAGGAGCAACUAAGGAGUCAAUAGCCUUUGCUGUUCAAUUAGCUCAAGCAAAAGAUAGACCUCCCGGAUUUCUUCAACUUGCUGGUGGAACUAAUGCUCACACAAUUGAAGGGUUGAAAAGAGAAGGACUCUUUCAAACAACAAUCAGUCCAUCUAAUCCAUCGUGUGCUUUAAUUAGCGGCAUAGCUUAUGGUGGCUACGCGCGAAAGAUUGUUGGUAGAGUAUUGAGAUCCAUGCAAUCCCAACAUGGUGGAGCUGCUUCAAUUGAGGAUCAUCCUGAGCAUCUCUUAAUGGCUCUAAGGGAAGCACUUGCUUUGGUUGGACCUGUUAAAUGUCUAUAAUAUUAAUAUACCUAAGAAUACCAACUUUUGGGACUCAAAAGCAUAAAAAAGUUGGUAUAAUUUUGCAUAUUUUAACAAGAUGAGUCAAAAUUGCUUUUUGUGGUAUAGAACUUUUGGCACUUACUUUGAUCAUUUUAACAAUGUUAUCAUUUUGUUUGUUCAAAAAAUAAUGCUGAAAUUUUUUCAAUUUAACCCGAUUAAUUUAAUCAUUU